ACCGCGGCAGCGCGGAAAAGAGGCGGAGAAAGUCCCCGGGAGGAGGCGGUGGCACCAACGACAACAACCCAGCGGCGACCAAGAGUCCCCGGAAGGCGGCGGCGGCCGCUGCCCGUCUUAAUCGGCUCAAGAAGAAGGAGUACGUGAUGGGGCUGGAGAGUCGAGUCCGGGGACUGGCCGCCGAGAACCAGGAGCUGCGGGCCGAGAAUCGGGAGCUGGGCAAACGCGUGCAAGCACUGCAGGAGGAGAGUCGCUACCUACGGGCUGUCCUGGCCAACGAGACGGGACUGGCUCGCCUGCUGAGCCGGCUGAGCGGCGUGGGACUGCGGCUGACCACCUCGCUCUUCAGAGACUCGCCCGCCGGUGACCAUGACUACGCCCUGCCGGUGGGGAAGCAGCCGCCGGAGCUGCUGGAAGAGGACGACGCGGCGGGAGGAGUGUGUCUCCAUGUGGACAAGGAUAAGGUGUCGGUGGAGUUCUGCUCGGCGUGCGCUCGGAAGGCGUCGUCGUCUCUUAAAAUGUAGGGUCAAGUAAUCUGCUCUUUAUCCGCGUUUACCCCUUUCUACUCCCUUACACCAUGUAAAACACCUUUAGUGGGACAUCUUCACCGGACACAUUUCAGAGGCGGAAAAAAAAAAGUAAUAUUAAAUCUAUUAAGUGUUUAGCUAAAAGCAUGAAUGUGACACUGUAACCAACUCCUAAUGAUAACCUGUGACUAUUAAAUCUCUCUGACAGUUUCUUUUUUAGGUGAUUUCCUUCCUGCCAGGCUCCGUUGUAGGGGUUACAGAACAGUCGUUCCCGCCUCACAACCUGAGUUGCGUGUACCUAGCUCUUCUGUCCCCAGUGUGGACAUGGCCUUGGAUGACAUCGGUUCCAACUGUACACUGAAACCUGCUAAUAGAGAUACAGUUUGGAGACAGUGAAACAGGUGAAGUUGAAUGGAAGUUCCGAGUUGUACAAGGUGCAAAUUGGAAUUCCAAUUGUAGCAACUUUUCAGAGGUUGACAAUAAGUAUUUGAGGCAUGCACAAAUGUGGGUAUUUUUCUGGAGAUGAAAAAUCUCUUAAAAUACUUAAGAAUGCCUUCUAAUUUUCAGUAGAAAAUAAAUACAAUCUAUAUAAGAUCCCAAUAUUUCAUCACUUGAAAACUUGGAAGUUAACAUACCCAUCAGAUUUCUGUGUUUUAAUUAGAGGAAGAAUGAUUAAUGAAAUGUUUGAGGACCAGCACAGUAAUUAAGUAUGAAGAAAUUGUUGAAAGCAUUUAUUUUUGUUGUAUUAAAAUUUAGGCUAAAUUUGUGUAUGAUUAGAUAUUGAAGGUUGUGAAAAGUGAAUGAAAACAUGUAAAGUGAGGCUUCACAAAGAAUCUUAUUUUCCAUAUUUCUAAAACUUUUGCCUUUUUAAAAUUAAAUAGUUCUGGCCACUUAAUGAUAUGACUGAGGCUGUUUUCCAAAGAUGGAAAAUAUUCUUCCCUUGAAAUACUGUUUAUUGUCCACUUGUCUAAAUCUGUGUUAUGAUGUCUUGAAGUGCAAGAGACAUUAAAUUCUUUGUGAAACAUCACUGUUUGAUAAAGGAUAUACGUAUUUAGCAUCCUUGUUUUUCUUUGUGCUAAAGUGGAUACAGCUGUUGGGGCAGAAGAGACGGGACCAGCUGCUGGCCACAUUUCCUGCUUUAUUUUAAAAGGUAGUAUAAGAAAUAAGGAAAAAGAGGUAAUAUCAGGGCUUCUGCUGUCUUUUAUUUUUAAAAUGUUCAUAAUUAAGUAUUUUCCAGCAGUCCAAAGAUGUAAGUUAUCUUACACGUAAGAUGUCUUAUUUUGUUACUUGGUUAUGGAAAUGGAAUCUUGUUCUUGCACAACUAACUGUAAAUGUUUUGUUGCUAGAUAAUAUGAUUUGAGACCUAAAUUAGUCUCUGGUUUUCAGUAUAUCACAUUUUGUAAAGUUAUCCACUGCACUUGAGCAUGAAUGGGUAGUAGCCAAACUCUCACAACUUGGAGUGAUGGACCUGCUUCUUCAAGGGCAGGAACAAGUCCCCACAAUGCAGCUGCAUGGAUUUUAGUGCCUACUGAAAUAUAUAUAUAUAUAUAUAUAUAUAAUAUACAUAUAUAGAAACCAAAAGUAGUUGGAAAAUUAUUUGAAAUGACUAAUUUGUGCUCUUUCUGAAAUAUGUUAAAUGUAGCUUUUGAAACAGAAGCCUUGAAUUGAAAUUUAAUACUUGAACAUUUUUGUAUAUAUUUCUUUGUAUAUAAUUUUGUGCAGUACGAUGACAAAAAAUGGUGUCAUAAUAAAAUCAGGUUUGUUGAUCUUUCAGUUAUGGGCUCAAAGAAUUUAUUCAUCUUUAAUAUGACAUUGGAAAGUAGUGGAUAAAAAUAGGAAAAAUGAUUGUUGGUAAUACAGACUGUGGUCUUUAGUCAAAAGGUUCUGGAAGCAGUAAGCUUGAUUUCCAAAAAAGUAUACCAUUUCCAUGGAAUAUUUUCUUAACAUCUGUGCUUUUCUCCUGCAUUUGAGGUGUGGGCUUGGGGAGAACCAGUUUCUGGAUUGGGAUGUUUUGAAAUUCCAAGUACAGACUUUUAGAAUGUCAUUUUAUAAAUGACAGUUUGGAGAAUUAAGAGCUCUUGACAGUGGCAAGAUUAGAAUGGCCUAAUUUUAAAUCUGCUUUGUUAGGUUCUGUAUGUUUUAUUAACUGUCUUUUCUGUUUUCAUUUCAUUGUUUCUUUUCUAGUUAUGGUGACAGUGAUUUUUGUCAUUUUUCUUUUUUUUUGCAUCAACUCAUGGUCUUGUUUUUACAUGGUAACUGCAUGUAUUUAGGACCUAUCAGGGGCUUGAAAUAGAUUUUAUCAUAUUUAUGUGUAAGCACAUUUUAUUGUAAAUGUUUGGGUUUCUCAAUCAACAACAGUUGUUUAUUUCAGUGUGUAGUAAACAGUAUUCUUAAAGUGUCCUGUUCACUACUUGUUAAUUAAAAAAGUUAUGAUUAAUGUAAAACUGUUGUCUUACUAUUUUUAGAAAUUGUGUUGUAAAUAAUUAGUAUUUAGAUAGAGAGUUCUGGAAUAUAAAAUAGAUUUCAGGUUUGAAUGUAUUUAAUGUGAUGGUUGAGAACAAUUUAGCAUUUGGGGAAUUAUUUCAGGUUUUAUUCCUGAUUUGUACCUGUGUGGUAAAAAUGAUAGAAAACCUAAAGAUGUAGCUUUUUAAUACCUGUCUUCCUAUGGUAGUCCAUAUUCAUACAUUAAUUAACACAUAUUGUUGUAGUAGUUCUAUAAUAGUGACUUAUGUUUUAUCCUUUUUAAUCAGGCUUAACUAAAAAGUACAUGUUUGUUAAAAAUGUAGUCACUCCUCUGAUAUAUCCACAAAGUAUUCAAAAUAUUUUAAAUAUCUGUGCAUUUUAUACUCGCUAAAUUAAUCUCUUUCUCUUCUCUUUAAACAGCUUAGCAGUAUCUGCAAAAACGAAUCUUUUCCUACAACCUGUUAACUGACUGGACUGAUGGUAACAGUAAUUGUGGGAGCCAUGUCGGUCAAAAAUUUGGCAUCUGCUGCAAAACAUGAAUGCCAUUUCCAAGUUCCCAAAUUACUUCUAUACUGAUUACACUUUCCAGAAAUGGAGAUAUGAAAAGAUUCUCUGGAAUGCUUGAAAGACUUAAUAGAAAUCCAUGAGACUAAGUUAAUUUUGGAACAAAAUUACACCUUUUCCUUUCAUGGCAGUAACACUAAAUUUAUUGCAUAUUUUUUUUUGAAAAUAUGUAACCAUUGGAGAAGAGAAUUAUAGUGUUUUAUCAAGAAACAUUAGAUUUUUACAUAAUAAACACAUUCUGUGGAAUUAGAUUUAGUGGGUUAGAGUUACAUAAAUAGGUUGGCAGUGAUCACACAACUUACGAGUUUUCAUUUAUGGAAUGUAAAGAGCUGCUUUGGAAGACAGACACAUUGCUGAGUAGAAUAAAGUCCUCAACUUAAAGAGUAGUGUUUUUAAAUAGAUGUAUUGAUUGUAUAUUUUUAAAAAGUGAUUAUGAUAAUGUGUGGGUGGUAUUGCAAUUUAGGGUAUGAGCUUGUGUGCAAUCUCAGAUAUGGCAUGUUGGACAUUCUGAGUACUUGAUCAUGUUUGAAUGUUUUGAGGUUUCUGAUGAAUGACAGUUUCUACUGUUCUGUUAAAAUUUCUGUAGUGUUUUGUAAGGACCUUCAUAUUUUGGAUGAUGAUGGCUUAUUUCAUAUUUCAAGUAAAAAAAAACCACUCAGAACCCAAUCAUUUUUUCAUUAUUGUUGGAUUAUGCUCAUACAUUUUUCAUCUGCUCUAGACUAAGUCAUAUUUUUUGGCUCACUUGGGAAAUAUGCAGAUAGAAGAGGGAGUUGAUAGGAAGUAGUGUUAUUACUCAAAAUUCAUUCAAGUCCUCUGAUAUUCAUCUAUGUGCUCAGAGUCCAUAAAGUCAAAAAGUAAAGAGAAUUCCCACAGGCUUAUAUUUAAAGUAACCGAUUCCUAUAGUGCAGCUGAUCCACAUCCAAAGGUUUAAAUACUGCUACUUUGGAAUCAAGAUGUGGAUAAUUCACUAAUAAUGUGUACCUUAAUAACACUCAGUUAUCUGGUUGAGGUAUUUUGAAAGUAGAGAUCAAGUGUGCUCACAGAUGAGUUAAUUUUUGUAACAAAUAAAACAGAUUCUUCAAAGUAUAGUAGGUAAUAUUUGUGUUUUCUCCCUUUUUCUAUGUUGAUUCUAAGUUGAUUCUAAGUUGUAAGACCCACCUUAGUAUUUUUAUUGUGUUCCUGGGUCAGCACUCCUCAUCUUCACCUUUUAUUUACUUAGAGAUUAAAAAUGCCUUCCAUCAUGGCCACUACAGAAUUUUUCAUAUAUUUGAAUUUAAAAUACCAGCAUGUGUGAGCUCAAUAUUUAACCAGUUACCCUGUUUUACAAUAUUCUGUAUAAUUUUUGUUGACUUAAAUUUACUAUCUGAAAAUAUUUUGUUUAUGUUAAGAACUAAUUUAUAGAUCUAGUCACAGAUUAUGUUUGGAGCACUGUAUAAUUCUGUCAGUCAAAAAUUUGAAUUUUAUAGCCCGAAAGUGUUUCCAAGUUUUGUAUCAUCCUGCUGAGGUCAAAUUUUUAGACCCUUCUGGCUCUUAACUGAGUUUGGACUUUAAUACAAACAUGUACACACAUAUUUCUUAUAUACAAUGAACAUUUUAAAGCCAUGUGCCUGGACAGAGAAGAUUUAAAAAUUUUAAAUAUU